GAUAGAAGAGAAAUGGCGGGACUCCUAGCUUGGGCUGCGGACGUCGUGGGCGGACAUGGGAAGGAGGAGGACGGCGAGAAGGAUCAGAUCCCUCUGGUUUUCAGUGCGGAGCAGAAGAAGUACGCGGAGGAGCUUGACCGGAAAGCCGCCGCUCUCAGCCGUUCGAUCCAAGAUCUGCGUCUCAGAUUGCCGCCUCCGGAUAUCUCUCAGCGUCUUCCUCACCUCCUCGCUCAUUCACUCGCCUCCAACGCCGCUCUUGCUCUUCAGCUCAACUCUCAUUCCGCUACUCGCGAACAGGCCCAACUGAGAGAGCAAACGCUGCUGGAAGAAAAUAGUGCAUACGAGAAGGCAAUAUCAAACUGUGAGUCAAAAAUACAGGAGAAAAGGCAGGAAGCUGAUUCUCUUCUUAGAAAAUUAAAGGAGCUGGAAGAUGCUGAGGAAAACCUGACAGAUGAGCUGGAAGAUGCACAAGUUUCGUUAAAAAACACCCAGACCCGAAAUUCUGGUGAAUCUGUUUAUCAAUCCGAUGCAAAUAGCAAAGAUGGAUCAGAUGCAGAAGCGGAGAAGUUUGCUAUUCUAGAGAAGUUGGAGAGCAAAAAGAAAGAACUGAGUUCAAUGGAAGAGCAAGUUCAGUAUUUAGAAAAGAAAUGGGCAGUUAUACAGGAAAGAGCACUGAAGCAGCCUUCUCCUGCACAAAGAGAGAAGACAUUGGAUAAACAACUUCACAGUCUAAUCGAGCAACUGGCUGCAAAGCAGGCACAAGCAGAAGGGCUAGUCGGUGAAAUUCAUUCGAAAGAGAUGGAGUUAGAGAGACUGAAUGGUCUGUGGAGAAGAUACGAAAGCUCUAACAUUGAGGGGAAUAACGCAAGGAACAGAUUCGCCAGAACGAAUUCAGAUAAAGGAUCUGUAUCAGAUCAUGAAGUAGAUGCUCAUUCCUACCUUCCAUAUUCCUCUGCUCCCAGAAAUGACACGCAAACGAGGCUAAUGUACCUCAGGUCAGCUUUCGUGAUCUACAUUUUGGCUUUGCACGUCUUAGUCUUCAUCAAGAUUUCGUUUUGAAAAGAGAUUAUACACUCUCUGAGUACUCAGAACUGAGUUUAUCUUUGUUCUUUUGGUUGCACAAGAAACUACCCGUGUAUAUACAUACAUAUAUAUAAUUGAUAGGAAUAAGAUCACUGCUGCUUUCUAUA